AUGAAUAAUCUUUUAUGUUCCGUAUUGUUAUUAGCUGUAACAACACUGAUUCUUAUUGAUGCCGAUUGCUCAACUUAUCCUGCAGUUAAAAAUGCAUAUUUGAACAAAGACGACCAAUGUGAUGAUACUUCAAUUACGUGUAGAAGAUUUUUCAAAAUGAAACAAAUGGCAAAAUGUGAAGAUGGAGAGUGGCAAUAUCAAGAACCAGUGUGUGAACCUCUAGAAUGUGAUUAUGUAUACGUGUAUACAGAGAAAACAUAUGUAAAAAAUAUAAUCAUAGAAGUUAAAAAAAGAACUAAACAAGAAUGCAACGAACGCUGCAAUAACAAUACCCAAUGUACCAGUUCUAUACUAGAUAGUGAUGGAGAGUGUUUUCUAUAUAAAAAACCAAUCGUCGCCACUUUUUAUAAUGUAGAUCAAAGCUAUUGUAUCACGAAAUGUUCAGAGAUGAAUGAAUGUCUACUGUUGAAUUAUAUUAGUCCCAGUAAAGUAUGUUAUUUGUACAACGUAACUCGGGACGACCUAACUGAUAUGGAUAUUUCAAAUUACGAUGGAUAUAUCAUGGCAGAAAAAUUCUGUCAAUAA